AUGGAGAAUCCACAUGCACAACGGCAGGCUGUGCUUCUCGAACGGAUUCUGAAAAACGCCUCGACAUGCACAGAAGUAAUCAUCGAACUCAAUCACUGUGUUGAAGAAAUUUUACGGGCAAAUGCCCCUGUCAAGAUAGCAGCGGAUCUCGCUACGAAAUACCGCAAGAAUGUACAAUAUAACCUUAAGGCCACAAAGCAGGAGAUGUCUUGA